AGUUGUUGCUGCUGUUGAUGUGAACACUGUUGCUAAUGAAGUGUACAAACACAACUUUCCCAGCACACCAUUGUGGGCAAAGACAAUUGAGGGCAUAACACUGACGGAGUUAAACAGAUUAUCUUUUGAUAUGAUUUUGAUGAGUCCUCCAUGUCAGCCAUUUACAAGAAUUGGCCUGCAAGGUGAUGUAUCUGAUCCAAGGACAAACAGUUUUCUUUACAUCCUUGAUAUUCUCCCAAGGCUCCAGAGGCUACCAAAAUAUAUACUUUUAGAAAAUGUGAAAGGAUUUGAAACGUCUUCUGCCAGAGACAAACUUGUAGAAACUCUAAAGAAGUGUGGAUUUAAAUAUCAAGAAUUUCUCUUGUCUCCAACAUGUCUUGGCAUUCCCAAUUCCAGGCUGCGAUAUUUUCUGAUUGCAAAGCUUCAGUCAGAGUUAUUUUCCUUUCAAACUCCUGGUCAGAUAUUGGAAAAUUUCCCAGACCAGGAGCCAAAAGCUUCAGUGAAGCACAGAGUCGCUGCAGGCUUGGAAAAAGAGAGCUGCUUCAUGGCACCCAAAGAGGAGCACAUUGAUCCAAACUCUGGUUCUGAUGGUGGCAGUGGACAGUGUUCACAGAAGGAAGCGUUUGUUUUUAAACUCGAAACAGCGAAAGAAAUGGAAAAAAAGUGGAACCAGGACAGUAAUCUCUCUAUUCAAAUGCUAAAAGACUUCCUUGAAGAGGAUGGAGAAGAAAUGAGUCAGUACUUCUUGCCACCAAAGGCCUUACUGCGCUAUGCUUUUCUCUUAGACAUUGUGACACCCAGCUGCAGGAGAUCCACAUGCUUCACAAAAGGGUAUAGUCACUAUGUAGAAGGAACAGGGUCAGUGCUGCAGACAGCAGAGGAUGUGCAGCUACAAUCAGUGUUUAAAUCCAUUGAGAUGCUAUCAGAAGAAGAGAAGCUUAUGAAAUUGUCAACACUAAAACUGCGAUAUUUUACUCCUAGAGAAGUAGCAAAUCUCCAUGGAUUCCCUCCAGAAUUUGGCUUUCCUGACAAGAUAACAAUGAAGCAACGCUACCGCCUCCUGGGAAACAGUCUCAAUGUACUUAUUACCCCAGCUCACAAUCACGGCUGAGCCUGGUGUGAAUUGUUUAAUGAUAACCUAAGAAAAAUUACAACCCUGACACUGACCUCACUGAUCAUGUGGUAUCUUUUCAUAGAAUCAUAGAAUAUCAGGAUUGGAAGGGAUCUCAGGAAGUCAUCUUGUCCAACCCUCUGUUCAAAGCAGGACCAAUCCCCAACUAAAUCAUCCCAGCCAGGGCUUUGUCAAGCCUGACCUUAAAAACCUCUAAGGAAGGAGAUUCCACCACCUCCCUAGGUAACCCGUUCUAGUGCUUCACAACACUGCUACUUAAAAAGUUUUUCCUAAUAUCCAACCUAAAUCUCCCCCACUACAACUUGAGACCAUUACUCCUUGUUCUGUCAUCUGGUACCACUGAGAACAGUCUAGAUCCAUCCUCUUUGGAACCCCCUUUCAGGUAGUUGAAAGCAGCUAUCAAAUCCCCCCUCAUUCUUCUCUUCUGCGAUUAAACAAUCCCAGUUCCCUCAGCCUCUCCUCAUAAGUCAUGUGCUCCAGCCCUCUAAUAAUUUUUGUUGCCUUCUGCUGGAUUUUUUCCAAUUUUUCCACAUCCUCCUUGUAGUGUGGGACCCAAAACUGGACACAGUAUUCCAGGUGAGGCCUCACCAAUGUCGAAUAGAGGGGAAUGAUCACGUCCCUCGAUCUGCUGGCAGUGCCCCUACUUAUACAGCCCAAAAUGCUGUUAGCCUUCUUGGCAACAAGGGCACACUGUCAACUCAUAUCCAGCUUCUUGUCCACUGUAACCCCUAGCCAGGGCCGGUGCAAUCACUAGGCAAACUAGGCGGCCACCUAGGGCGCCAAGAUUUGAGGGCACCAAAAAGCAGUGCCCAAAAUGUCUGGGAUGUUCACCCGGCGCUGGCUAAAUGUGUAACCUUCUUCACGCCACUUUGCAAGGGGGUGCUGUGGCUUUGAUCAGCUCCGGCCGGCCGAGAAGUGAUGUCAUUCCUCCUCCAGCUGCUGUGGGUGCUGCGCUGCUCUGGCUCUGCCCCAGGGCCCCCACCUCUGCUCAGCCCUGCCCCAGCUCAGAACUACAACCGGGCCUGCACUCACCAGUGGCAGGAAAUACAGAGACCCGGCGCCAGUCGCGCUGCCGGUGAGUGCUGGGGGGUGUUUCCCCCCUGCCCCCCAAGCCAGUCCUGCCCUUCUGCUCCCGCCCCUGCCCACAGAGGCCUGGGGCACCACCACUCCUCCGCAGGAGGGCUGCGUAGGGCCCCAGAAUAUCUAGGGAUGGCCCUGGUACCCGCACCCUGCCUGCAGCUAGCCCCUGCUGCACUCCCUGCCCUGCCCGCAGCCAGCCCCAUACCUCCUUGUCUCCAGCCAACUCUUGCCGCACCCCCCUGCCCGAAGCCAGCCAGCCCCACACUCCCCUGUCUCCAGCCUACCCCUGCCGCACCCCCCUGCCCGAAGCCAGCCUCACACCACCUGUCUCCAGCCAACCCCUGCCACACCUCCCUGCCCGAAGCCAGCUGGCCCCACAGCCCCUGUCUCCAGCCAAACUCUGCCACACCUCCCUGCCCAAAGCUAGCCAGCCCCACACUCUGUCAGGUUAUUCAUUUAUUUUCAUUAAAUAUGUAGACUAAAUAAUGAAAUUAAUAAAUUUUCAAGCCAAAUGUGUAUUAAUUCUAAUGACCAAUGCCACAUUAUGCCGUAUUUAUUUUUGAAAGUUUAUAAGGUGGGGGUGCAAGGUGGAAGUUUCGCCUAGGACGCAAAAUAUCCUUGCACUGGCCCUGCCCCUAGGUUCUCUUCUGCAGUACCGCUGCCUAGCCUUUUCGGUCCUUCGUCUGUAGCAGUGCAUGGGAUUCUUCCGUUCUAAGUGCAGGACUCUGCACUUGUCCUUGUUGAACCUCAUCAGGUUUCUUUUGGCCCAAUCCUCUAAUUUGUCUAGGUCUCUCUGUAUUCUAUACCUAUUCCAGUGUAUCUACCACUCCUCCCAGUUUAGUGUCUUCUGCAAACUUGCUGAGGGUGCAAUCCGCGCCAUGCUCCAGAUCAUUAAUGAAGAUAUUGAAUAAAACCAGCCCCAGGACUGACCACUAGGGCACUCCACUUGAUACCAGCUGUCAACUAGACAUGGAGCCAUUGAUCACUAGCUGUUGAGCCCGACAAUCCAGCCAGCUUUCUGUCCAUCUUAUAGCCCAUUCAUCCAGCCCAUACUUCUUUAACUUGCCGGCAAGAAUACUGUGGGAGACCAUAUCAGAAGCUUUGCUUAAGUCAAGGAAUAUCAUGUCCACUGCUUUCCCCUUAUCUACAGAGCCAGUUAUCUCAUCAUAUUUCUCCCUCCUGCUUCUAUCACACUGUGGCCUGAGUCCCCUGCAAUGUAUCCUCAGUCCAGAAAUAGUUUGGAAAAAUCCAUGGCUGCGGGGUCCAUGAAGUCGGCUGGACAGGGCAGUUUAGCUGCAUGCAGUCCUCUGUCUUGACCUUCUCCCCUGUGGAUGCAUCCACCCCUGUGCCAACUGCAUGGAAAAAGGGAAACGAAGGGAGAGGGAGCAGGGGCAGGGGACAUGCCAUUGCAGGUAGGGAAUUUAUUGUUUGCUUGGUUUCACUGUUUGCACUUGUUCAUGCACUUUUUGUUUUGGAAAGAUUCUGUCGUGACUGGUGCUUUGGCGUGGUAAUGGCAGCAGGCCGGCUUGGCAAUGAGUGAACGUUGUAUUGUUUUAAUACAAGCUAUAAAUAAAGCUUUUUAUGUCAUCAGGAAA